AUGACAGCCACUGCCUCCGAGAUCUCGUACAUCGACUACGAGACCUUCCUCUCGCCGUCCUUCUCCCCCCAUGCCUUCGCCUCCACGCUCAUCACAUCCACCAACGACCCCUCAGACCCCACCGUCGACCUCACCACCCCGCUCUCCCGCGUCCUCUUCGACCUACAAGAAAUCGACACCCACAUCCACACACUCACCACCACCUCGUCCCUCCCCCUCCUCACCUACACCUCCCGCUCCCACACCGCCUCCACCUCCCUCCUCGCCGCCAUCACCGCCCAAACCACCGCCCUCAACGCAGCCUACACCCGCCUCUCGCAAUCAAUCCUCACGCGCUCCGAGCCUGCCACACAACUCAUCACCACCGUCACAAACCUGCACACCACCACCUCCCUCCUCCGCGAACUCGGCCGCGCCCUGGUCCUCGCCCGCCAGCUCGAGAUCCAGCUCGCAGAGAGCCCCACGCCCAUGAUCCGCGCCGCCCACAGCGUCGUCGAGCUGCGCAAGCUCCUCGCCGCAAACGCAGCCUCAAUGGACGGCAUCGACCUCGCCACAGACCUCCACCGCCUCAUCGUCACCCCCGCCGAAUCCGCGCUCGUCGCGCGCUCCCGCGAGACCCUCGGCAGCUUCUCACUAUUGCCCACCGCGACAGCAGGCGGCACCGCAUUCGCGCUCGACCCCGCGGUGGUGGCAGAAGGGCAGCGACCAGCGGUGACGGCAGCACUGCAGACGCUGCAGCUUCUCCAGGGCGGGAGCGGGCUCGCGGGUACAAUCCAAGCACUACUAAACACGCAGGUGACGGCGUCGAUCGCGCUUCUGACGCGUGCGCUGACGGCGCUGACGAUGCUCGAUCGGACGCUUGUCGAGGUUGCAGCGCGGUGCCGGACGCUUGUUGCGGUGGAGGAGAUGCUGGCGGGGGUUGGGCUUGCGGCGGAGGUGCUUUCGGAGCUGGACACGGGGGCGUUGUCGACGUCGUUUUUCCGGAGCGUGGCGGCGGGGUGGGAGCCGAGGGUGCGGGAGGUUGUGGCGCGCGGGGGCACGAAUGCGAGGAUCUUGAGGACGGGGAGGGAGAAGCUGAGGGAGGGGGUGAGGGGGUUGCGGUUAUGGUAG